GAGAGAGAGAGCUCAUGUCGUCACACCAUGAGGGCAGCGUAGAGAGGGAGUCGCUCCUCGUCCUGUGCUGCAGUAAGUGUUAGCACCUCUAGGCCUCUUUAAUCCCCGAAUUAUUCUCCUCAAACCUCAGAGAGAACGACUACAGAAAACAGGCUGCAGCGCUUCUGCACAUGCGCGGGAUGAGGCUCGAAUGAACUCAGCAUGUCUUUCAAGAAGGAAACGCCCCUGGCCAAUGCUGUGUUUUGGGCGGCCAGGAAGGGGAACCUAGCCCUUCUUCAGCUUCUGCUCAACAGUGGACGAGUGGACGUCGACUGCAGAGACAGUUAUGGCACAUCAGCCUUGAUGGUGGCUUCCUACAGUGGUCAUUAUGAGUGUGUGAGGGAACUCAUCAUGCAAGGAGCAGACAUCAACCUGCAGAGAGAGACAGGCUCUACUGCCCUGUUCUUUGCAGCACAACAAGGACAUGAUGAAAUCGUUAAGCUUCUGUUUGAGUUUGGCGCCUCCACUGAAUCGCAGACCAAGGAUGGUGGUACAGCCCUGUCUGCAGCCUGCCAGAAUGGACACUGCAAAGUGGUGGAGACUCUGCUGAAGAAUGGAGCCAAUGUUCAUGACCAGCUAAGUGACGGUGCCACACCCCUCUUCUUAGCCUCCCAGGAAGGUCAUGUGACAGUUGUCCGUCAGCUGUUGUCCUCUGGAGCCAAAGUGAACCAGCCUCGCGAGGAUGGCACUGCCCCGCUGUGGAUGGCAGCCCAGAUGGGACACAAUGAGGUUGUGAAAGUUCUGCUGCUCCGUGGUGCAGAUCGGGAUGCCGACAGAAACGACGGCUCCACAGCCCUUUUUAAGGCAGCGCACAAAGGACACUGCAAUGUCAUUGAGGAGCUCCUCAAGUUCAGCCCAUCUUUAGGCCUUCUAAAGAAUGGUUCCACAGCACUUCAUGCUGCAGUUAUGGGUGGAAACCUGAAAACUGUAAAGCUUCUGCUGGAAGCAAGCGCUGACCCUACCUUACGUAACAAGAACAAUGACCUACCGGCAGAUCUUACGAAGAAUGAUCGCAUCCUGAGGAUUCUGCGGCCGCAAAUCUUGAACGGAGGAAGUUGAUGACUGCUGCUCUUGGCUCUUAGUCUUUUACAGUCUUUGGUUUUGUGUCCAAGAAAAAUGCACUACGCUCAGCCAAGAGAGGCCACAAAUGAAAAACAUUUUUAAUGGUGCCUGCUUACAUUUGCAGCCUUAUUCGGAAUGCACAAAACUCAUACAUGCACAAAGCAGCCAAAUUAUUCUUUGUCCUGAGGAUAGGUGGUUAAUUACAAAGUUUAAAUCCACUGGAUGCAGCUUUAAUCAACAAAUCUGGUUCCUCUGCUGAAUAUAGAUGAGGUGGGUGCAGUGAGUGAAACUGCAAACGUCCCUUCUGUGCUGAAAAAUAAGAGCCCUGAUUUUUCACCCCACAUGUCUGUUAAAGUUGCGCUUUUUUGUUGCAGUAUUAAUGUUAAUCUCCAUUUACAGGAAUAUACAACACUGAGAUCCCUUAUGGCAGUGGUUUAAUUUACGCCUCCGAACCUGUGUUUGUUGGUUGAGUCUGCUAACCAUGUUCCUCUUGACAAAGACUCACUCAGCCCAGAGUUUUACCCAGCCUAGAAGAAGCUUGUAACCAUGUGAGCAUAAAGAUGUUGAAUGUUUAGGUUUUUUUGGUGACUUUCUUCUGAGACGCAAUUGCGAUGUUACAUAAUUUUCUCCAGAAUUAUUUGAUUACUGGUGCUUUAAUACUUGCAAAAAAAGUAUUUUGCGAUAUGUAUCCUGGUUUUGUUUAAAAUGUUUCCGUGAAGGUGUGUCGAGCUGAAUAUUUGUGAAAUGUAAUAUAAUGUAAUAAAAUGUGUUUUUAAAGUGGG